AUGGCGGUUUCAACAACGGUAACCGCGCCUCCGGCGUCACUGUACGUGGGGGACCUGCACCAGGACGUGACGGAUGCACAUCUUUUCGAUGCCUUCUCGGAGUUUAAGAGCCUUGCGUCCGUACGAGUUUGCCGUGAUUCCAUCACCGGCCGCUCUCUCGGUUAUGGCUACGUCAACUUCAACUCUCCACAAGACGCUUCUGAGGCUAUAGAGGUGAAAAAUCAUUUUACCUUGAAUUCGAAAGCAAUUAGGGUUAUGUGGUCACACCGCGAUCCAGAUGCAAGAAGAAGCGGAAUUGGAAAUGUGUUCGUCAAGAAUUUGAGUGAUUCGAUUGACAGUGGGAAGCUUCAAGAAAUGUUCCAAAAGUUUGGUAAUGUAUUGUCUUGUAAAGUUGUCACCUCUGAUGAUGGGAUGAGCAAAGGAUAUGGAUUUGUCCAGUUUGAGUCUGAAAUUUCUGCAAAUGCUGCCAUUGAGAAGCUUAAUGACUCUACCGUUGGAGGCAAGAAGAUGUAUGUUGGCAAGUUUGUGAAAAAGAGUGAUCGGUCUGUACCCAGUCCUGAAGCUAAGUAUACAAAUCUGUACGUGAAGAAUUUGGAUCCAGGUGUCACUGAGGAAGUCCUUAAGGAGAAGUUCUCUGAAUAUGGGAAGAUUAUCAGCUUGAUCAUCUCAAAAGAUGAGAAUGGGGAAUCAAGAAGCUUUGGAUUUGUCAACUUUGAGAAUCCAGAUGAUGCCAGACAUGCAGUGGAAGCUAUGCAUGGAUCAAAACUUGGCUCACAGGUUAUAUAUGUGGCCCGGGCCCAAAAGAAAGCAGAGCGUGAACGGAUGUUACGUUACCAGUUUGAGGAGAAAAGGAAGGAGCAAAUCUUGAAAUACCAGACUUCAAAUGUUUAUGUGAAGAAUAUUGGUGAUGAUAUCACUGAUGAUCAGCUGCGGGAACACUUUAGUCAGUGUGGCACAAUUACUUCUGCAAAGCUUAUGCGAGAUGAUAAAGGAAAGAGCAAGGGGUUUGGAUUUGUUUGCUUCUCCACACCCGGAGAAGCUAUCAAAGCAGUGAACACUUUUCAUGGAUUCAUGUUUCAUCAGAAGCCAUUGUAUGUGGCAAUUGCUCAGAGGAAAGAGGAAAGACAAGCCCAGUUGCUGCUAAAAUUUUCCCAGUUUAUGGCAGGAUUAGGCGGACAGUCAGCUGUUAUUCCUGGUGGAUAUUCUUCUCUUUACUAUCCAGUUCCUGGUGUCAAUACGCAAGUUGCAGCUCAGCCUAGUAUGAUGUAUCAACCUUUGGGAAUGAGGGGUGCUGAUGGAUAUGCAAAUUCUUCUAUAGUUGCUUUUAAGGCAUCUCCGUUUUGCCUGGUUCCUAAUAAUCCAAGACAACAUAGACAAAACAGAGCAAGGACAAAUGGUGAUAAGCUUCUACAGCGUGCCAGGCAUGUCAAGUACGUACCAAAUAGGCAUUCACGUGAGAUGAACGAGGGAUCUGAUGCUGUAACUGGCUCUGAGGGGCCAGAGACUUUAAGCAGCAUGCUUGCUGCAGCUCCUCUAGAUCAGCAGAAACAGAUACUUGGGGAGCAUCUUUAUCCCCUCGUCAGUCAACAGAAGCCUGAUCUUGCUGCAAAGAUAACGGGAAUGCUGUUGGAGAUGGACAAUUCAGAAUUACUUCUAUUAUUGGAGUCACCAGAUUCACUAGUGACAAAGGUGGAAGAAGCUGUUCAGAUUCUCAAGCUUUCUAAGGACAAAGUGUCAAAUCAAGAUGGAAUCCAUCCAAAUUUCCUUCCUGAUGAAGUCGCAGUAAGCUGA